AUGGUCGAAGCAAAGACUGAUGCGCCCGCGCCCCGCAAGAGAGGCCGUCCACGAACUGUGACGGACGAUCAGCAAGUUCCAGAAAGACGUCGCAAGCAGCUUCGCGUCGCGCAGCAAGCUUAUCGCAAGCGAAAGGAAACUACAAUCACCAAUCUGCAAUCUCGCGUACAGGAACUCGAAUCUGGCAUCGAAGAGCUCAGCGAGUCGUUCCUUUCAUUCAGUAAUCUUCUCUUCGAGGCGCAAAUCCUCCAAAAUAAUCCCCGUGUCACAUCUGCGCUCCAGAAAAUCACACAGCAAUGCGUGUCGCUCGCCAAAAGUGGCUGCGACGAGCCCGAACAAGCGACCCCAAUAGAAGCAUCGCCAGUGACACCUCGCAACCUCAGCACUCCCCAAGAACUAAAUCUAGAUUACGAUCCUCUUAUCACACAACUUGAUUCAUUGCCGAUGAUCGAUGAAACUUUCCAACCUUCGUCCGAGAUCUUGAACCAAUGGCCAAUCUCACAACAAUUACCUCCCACACCACCCUACCAAGAACAAGCACUUCUACCUUUCGGCAUCGUCUUAUCGUCCCCGAGUAUCCCAUUCACAUCGGCUCCUAUCCCUCCACUGAAUUUCCCAGCAACCAUAUCGCCUAAUAGUCUCACGAAGCAAGGGCGCUGGACACUCUCACACCGUCUUGUCCGACAAUGCUGCGAAAAUGGAUACCGCCUAUUGACUAGCUCGGCAACCGACGAUCCAAGGAUUCAAGCAAUCUUCGGAAAACCAUUAACUAUCCCGGAACGCAAUCGCUUAAUUUCUGGAUUCUACACCGCCAUGCAUGAUGAGAUCGGGGAUAGUAUUGAGUUGAAGACCAAAGUUCUCAGCCCUCUACAUUCAAGGAGAAAUAGCUACUCGGCCGAGCAACUCGCGCUUUCAUCCAGAACGUGGCAGAUCGUUAUUGAAUCCGGUGCGGAGGAAUGGCUGGAUGCGAGUGGAGUGCAAAGGCUUCUACAGGAGAGGGGCAUCCGUCUCCAAGAUACUAGCUCGCCGCUGUCCAGUCCUCGGUUCAAUGCAUCCCCGCAGCUCAACGUGGCGAGCUUCGUUAGAUUCCUCUCUCUUGGCCCUAUCUGCGUUGGUCGUGGGCCGGCAUUCCGGAAGCGUGAUGUUGAGAACGCCCUACGCCUUGCGACCUCGGAGGAUCCUUGGGCUUUCGAUGCCGUAUGCGAAAUACCGUGA